CUAAUAGGAACUAUAAUUUAAAGUUAAUGGUUACAAAAAUGGUGUUUUAAUGAGACAUAAUUGCGUGAAGAGACUUAUAGUGAAAACGAAAAAUAAACUUAUAUAUACAGCGAACGCUAAACUAUGAAAUCUAUUAAAAAAUUAUUAAUAGUAUUUCUACAAAGACUGGCUAUCGUGAUCGUUUUAAUUUUCUUUUUCUCGUUGCUCUUCCAAUUUUUUGAAUCUCCGCAUCCCGCGAACGAAUAUAAAAACGAAGAAGAAAAAGUGGAGGAUAGAAAUAAAAUCAUUUCAAGAAGCUGGAAAAACUUGAGCAAAAAAUACAGUUUAAAUGUUAGUUUGAGUGAGUAUAUGUUUUUGAUGCAAGAUUUGGAAGAUUUGUCAUCAGAAGUGAAGAACGCGAGGCUUCAGAAGACACCGUGGAGUUUUAUGAAGUGCUUAUAUCUGACGUUUACUAUUGUUACAACCAUCGGUUAUGGCGAUGUUACUCCACGCACUGCAACUGGGAUGUGGUUAACUAUUAUUGCAGGAUUCAUGGGAAUCCCAAUUAUGGUGGUAACUUUGAAAAUCCAGGGCGAACUGAUCAAUUGCUUCAUACAUUUUGUGAUCAAGUUUGUGGAACGCAAGAUAAUGAAACGUUCUAGCGUCCAACAUUUGGAAGGAAAAACUUUAAUAAUAACUUUCGUAAUGGUGUGGUCGUUGUUGUUGAGUUGUGCGGCCAUGGAAAGGAAAUAUCACAACUGGACUAUGCUUGAAGGUAUAUACGCUUGGUUCAUCUCGAUUUCGACGAUAGGUUUUGGAGAUUAUGUGGUCCGUCUGCAUACAAGAAAUCAAAACAAUGAAGAUUCCCUGGUCAGUUUAGUUAUAACAUUUCUGCUGAUAUCCUUCGGUCUUGGUAUAAUUUCCAGUGUGAUCAAUGCUUUUGGGGAUUUUUUGGUGAGAAACAGACAAGUAAGAAAUAUCUUGACAAUUUGUUUUGGUUUCGGCGCCGUACGAUUAACUCCAAGUCGGCCUAAUGAUGCUAGUUCAAACGCAAACGUGCGCUAUAGACGCAGUGGUUUCUCUGCCGUGAAGAGAACCAGCCAGUCUAAUUUACAGACCAGAUUGGAGAAUGUGAUCAGCAUCACGGAGGUGUUUAAAUAUAAAGACACGACAGCUAUCGAAAGACGAGGUUAUUUGGUCAGUGACACAGAUGGGGAAACGUGAAUCCUAAUUUCAGUGGAUAUAUUUUAGUAAUUUUAAGAAAUAUGAAAAAAAUUUGUAAUUUUUUCUGUAAAAGAAAAUUUCGCAGGGUAGAAAAA